CUUCACAAAUAGGACACACUUCUCAAAGCCAGGCAGUCCUAGUCUGACCUCCAAACACCAAGGAACACAACUUUUUUUUAAAAAUAGCUUCAUUAUUUUGUGCUGUUUAGGCCAGCCUCCUCCUUGACUCCAUCACUCCUUUUGGACUAUUUACCUUUUUUUUUUUUUUUUUUUGAUCCGGAGGAGAGACAUCUGUAGACCAGGACCACCAACAAGAAGGUCCUCCCGUCUGCUGCACCCAUGCUGUAGUUUUUGCUUCUCUUUUUGCUUCCAGUCGCCAUUUGCAGACUGAGUUUCUGCAGGGGUUUUUUUGGCUCCCCCGCCCCACUCCCGGCGCCACCCCCUUCCUCCCCGGCGCUUGCGGGCCCACAUUCGGAUGCGCUGAGCCGAGCCUGCACCGUACGGUCCACGCACGCGGUGUAUGGAAGUGGUGGGCUGCAAGGCAGAGGCGGCCAGUUGCAAGUUGCGUCCGGGACCGGGAGCCAUGCUUUUCCACGGGAUCUCCGGGGAUCACAUCCAAGGGAUCAUGGAGGAGAUGGAGAGACGGUCCAAGUCGGAGUCUCGCCUGGCCAAGAGCAUGCAGCUCAACGGGAGAGAGACGACCAUGCCCUCCAUGAGCCCGGAGAAGCCCGCACUGUGUGCCGGCUGUGGGGGCAAGAUCUCGGACAGAUACUACCUCCUGGCUGUGGACAAGCAGUGGCACCUGCGCUGUCUCAAAUGCUGUGAAUGUAAACUCGCGCUGGAAUCGGAGCUAACGUGUUUUGCAAAGGACGGGAGCAUCUACUGCAAGGAGGAUUACUACAGAAGGUUCUCGGUGCAGAGGUGCGCGCGCUGCCACUUGGGGAUUUCCGCCUCGGAGAUGGUGAUGCGCGCGAGAGACUCUGUGUACCACCUGAGCUGCUUCACGUGCACCACGUGCAACAAGACCCUCACAACCGGCGACCACUUCGGCAUGAAGGACAGCCUGGUCUACUGCCGCCUCCACUUCGAGAGCUUGGUGCAGGGAGCCGACUACCACCCCCAGCUCAACUUCGCCGAGCUGGCGGCCAAGGGCGGCGGCCUAGGCCUGCCCUACUUCAACGGCACCGGCACCGGCACGGCGCAGAAGGGCCGACCGCGGAAGAGGAAGAGCCCCGCCAUGGGCUUGGAUUUACCCAGCUAUAACACGGGCUGCAACGAGAACGACACGGACCAUUUGGACCGGGACCAGCAGGCCUACCCGCCAACACAGAAAACCAAGCGCAUGCGGACCUCCUUCAAGCACCACCAGCUGCGGACAAUGAAAUCCUACUUUGCCAUCAACCACAACCCGGACGCUAAGGACCUAAAGCAGCUGGCCCAGAAGACGGGCCUGACUAAGAGAGUUCUGCAGGUUUGGUUCCAAAACGCGAGAGCCAAAUUCAGAAGGAACGUUUUACGACAGGAGAACGGAGGUGUUGAUAAGGCUGACGGCACCUCGCUCCCUCCGCCCUCAUCCGACAGUGGGGCCCUGACCCCCCCCUCCAGCGCGGCCACACUAACAGACCUGACAAACCCCUCGAUUACCGUAGUGACGUCCGUCACCUCUAGUUUGGACAGCCACGACUCGGGGAGCCCCUCACAAACUACCUUGACAAACCUUUUCUAACAAGCGAACAGACUGCUUUCAUUUUUGCCUUUUUUUUUUCUUUUCUUUCUUCUUCAUUUUUCCCUGAUUGACACCUUUAAAACAAGCGCAGGCGGCACCAUGGAAGCCAGCGUGCCGUACUGUUUUCACGCAAACAGGAAGAACAACAAGAAGACCACAAUUUCAAAACAAAAUGUGUAGCAUUUGACAACAGUUUGCAGUCACUGACUUUGGAAUGGACUUAAAACAAACGUUGGAAGAACAAUAACUCAAAACCUGGAAAGUAGUAUCCUUUAUUUGUACAUUUGUAUUGAUUAUGAUCAAUUGAGCCCUUCCUGGUUAAUUGGUGACUUUUGCUCUCGGAAACCUGUACUUGUAUGCACUGUGUUGGCACUAAUUAGAUUUUCUUAAUGUCAUUGGGAAACAAACUUGUAGAAUGUUCUGUAUAGGAAUCGAUCCACUAAACAGGCUUUAAUUCUCUUUUUGAAUGUCCAAUCCCGCCAAGAUCCCAAUUGGAUUCCUCACGCGACCGAACUUUCGUACUCGAUUACCACGAUUUUUGGAACGAUCUUACAUUCUGGUACGGUAAUAACAUUCACAUUAUGACUGGAGAGCGGAUUAUGUCAUCCAGGGGUGUCCAAACUCUUUCCAGCCAGGGUCGCAUCAGAAAGAUUCAAUGAUUUUGAUAAUUUUUUUACAUUACAGAUGCUAACAUAUAUUGCGUGUAGGCCAAUAUAUAUUAGCUUUGUGUUAUAGCGCUCAACGUUUGUAUGGGAAAAUAAGAGAAAUGACCCUUAAUUAUUUGCUACAUCGACAUCUUAGCUUUGUUUUAGAGCAGUGGUUCUCAAACCUUUUUCACAAAAGUACCACCUCAGAAAACCAUAAUGACCAACAUUAAAACACAAAAGCGUAGUAGGCAUAAGUGUUCUUAAAAAAAUAAGGCAUAUGUUUUAUUUAACAAGUGUAUUUAAUAUUUUUGGCCACUGUAACAGUACAUACAGUUUAAAGAAUAACACUGUGUUUGAAUAUACAGGAAAAGAAAACUGUUUAAUUAUAAUUAAUUUAAGCCUGUAUACCACUAGUGGUAUCCGUGCCACCGUUGGAGAAUCACUGUUUUCGAGAAUUACCUGUCAUUUGUAAAAAAAAAAAAAAAAAAGGAUAUUUCCCAGGAUUUUUGGUCUUUUUU